AUGUCGAAUUUGACUGACCCAAAUAAUGACCCGAAUAUCGGUUCCUCGCGUGGGGAUGCCUCCUCCACCUCCGGUGAUGUUGUCAGUGGUCUUACUGGAGAUACAAGCUCAUCCUCAUCCUCGGCGCUACUGAUGACCUUUCUGCCCGCCUUAUUCUACGCUAUGUUCUGGAUUGGCCUAUUCCUGAUCUUUCGAAGGACUCAAAAACGAUGGUAUGCGCCCAGAUCUCAUCUCCCUGAUUUGGCAGAGCAUGAGAAGAGCCCCGAACUGCCAUCUGGGUGGUUGAACUGGAUAGGCGAUUUCUUAAAGAUUGAAGACAAUCACGUUUUACACACAUCAUCCUUAGAUGGAUAUCUGUUUCUACGAUUUUUACGGGUUCUCUGCGCGAUAUGCUUCACCGGAUGCGUUCUUACCUGGCCCAUUCUAUUCCCCAUACACGCUACAGGUGGGAAUGGGAACACGCAGUUGGAUGUACUCAGUUUCAGCAACGUCAAGGACCCCAACAAAUACUACGCCAAUGUUAUUUUAGCGUGUGUCUAUUUCACGUUUGUGUUCUACGUUGUGGUCAGGGAAAGUCUGUAUUACACCAACCUUCGACAAGCAUAUCUCAACUCACCGGCCUACGCCUCCCGCAUAUCAUCCCGAACUGUGCUGUUCAUGUCAGUACCGCCAGACUACCGAAACGAGAAAAAGUUACGACAAGUAUUUGGCGAGUCAGUCCAGCGAAUCUGGAUCACUUCGGACUGCAAAGAACUGACUAAAUUGGUCGAUGAGCGAGACAAACUAGCGUUCAGGCUGGAGGCUUCUGAAACAAAGCUGAUUCGACGAGCGAAUAAUAUUCGCGCAGAGGCUACGAAGAAUGGCGAAUUUGGAUCCGAUACCUGCUUGGACUGCGAAUCCAGCAAUCCUGCAUCGUCCCGUCAGGUUAAGCGGCCUAUGCAUAGACUGAAGUUGUUUGGCAAGAAAGUCGACUCUAUUCACCAAUACCGCGAGGAGUUGGCCAAGGUUACCGAAGAGGUGGAGAAUCUUCAACGAAAGCAUCAGGAAGGCGAUGCAAAACAAUUAUCUGCCAUAUUUAUUCAAUUCGCGAGCCAGGCCCAUGCUCAAGCAGCUUAUCAGACUCUGUCUCACCACCAACCAUACCACAUGACACCACGUUUCAUCGGAAUUUCCCCGGAUGAGGUCGUCUGGUCAGCAUUGAACCUGAAUUGGAAGCAGCGUGUUAUUCGCAGAUUUGCUGUACAAGGCUUCAUUGCGGCGAUGGUUAUCUUUUGGUCUUUCCCGGCUGCGCUCGUCGGAACCAUCUCUAACAUCACCUACUUGUGCAAUCUCAUCACCCCUUUGAAAUUCAUUCUUGAUCUGCCCAGUCUUAUCAAGGGUGCCAUCGAGGGUUUGUUGCCCUCAGCAGCUCUUGCGCUCUUAAUGUCAUUGGUACCAAUCAUCUGCCGAAUUUGUGCCCGACGAUCCGGCGUGCCAUCUCUAGCUCGUGUGGAACUCUUCACCCAGAGCGCAGUUUUUGUCUUCCAAGUCGUUCAAGUAUUCUUGGUCACGACAUUGACAUCCGCAGCGUCUGCAGCAACAUCUCAGAUCAUCUCAGAUCCAUUAUCUGUCAAGGAUCUCCUAGCCCAAAACCUACCCAAGGCAACCAACUUCUAUAUCUCUUAUUUCCUUCUCCAAGGACUGAGCAUGAGCUCGAUGGCUCUUGUGCAAAUUGCCAGUGCGCUUGUCUUCGCAUUUGUCACUAAAUUCUCCGCACAUUCUCCUCGAAGACUCUAUAACAAAUGGGCUGAGCUGGCUAGUCUCAGCUGGGGCAGUGUUUUUCCUGUUUUCACCAAUAUGGGUGUCAUUGCAUUGACAUACUCCUGCAUCGCACCUUUGAUUCUCGGAUUCUCCUUUAUUGGCCUUUACCUGGUCUAUCAAGCCUACCGAUACAACUUCUUUUUCGUAUACAAGAUUGAAAUCGACACGAAAGGCCUCGUGUAUCCACGAGCACUGGGUCACCUAUUGACAGGACUCUACAUCGCAGAGAUCUGCAUGAUUGGACUCUGUGCCAUUAAGGGUGCAGUCGGACCAGUGAUAAUCAUGAUUCUAUUCAUGAUCCUGAACGUUCUAGCCCACAUCUCUCUCACCGAGGCUUUAAGCCCACUGAAUAGCUUUCUCCCACGAUCCCUGGAUGCAGAGGAAGUGGAUCUACAGGAGAAAGAAGACAUCCGAAACGAGAUCAACGAGCAGCAACGAUCACGGAGCCUUGCAUUUUGGCGGUGGUUUCAUCCGAGCAUGUACAAGGAUUAUGCUGCACUCCGACGCAAGGUGCGCAAGAAUAUUGCCGAGGUCUUUUAUACACCCGAAGAACUCCGCACUGCCUACUUUGAGCCUUGCAUUUCGUCGCCGUCGCCUACUUUGUGGAUCCCUCGUGAUAAGUUUGGGUUUAGUCGAUACGAGGUUCUGGAGACGGAUCCGAUUAUUAGUAUUACGGAUGAGGGGGCUCAUCUUAAUGAGAAGAAUAAGAUCAUUUGGGAUAAAUAUGAUCCUAAGCUUCCGACUCGGGAAAAGAAGGCGUUAUAUUAG